AUGGCCAGGCAAGCUCUCAAAUCACAGGCAGCCCGCAAUGCCGCAAUUCUCCAGCGCACCCAUCUGAUCGCAUUGGGUGUCCAUGGCUUCCACCUUCUCCUCCGCCUCGUCCUUGUGCGCCGUUCUUUCUGGGCAUACCUGAUCCUGUCUCUCCCUUCUCUGCUCAUCCAAUUCUGGUUUGAGCGCAUCGGUCGCCCUACAUACGCCGAAGGUCCCAAUGGCAGGGAAUUGAAAAGAGCAGGAGAGGACCUCGAGGCCAAGGGUCUGACAGAAUGGAUGUGGGAUGUUGUCUACUGGUCGUGGGGCUGCAUUGUCUUGACCACUUUGCUGGGUGAUUGGGCCUGGUGGUUCUUCACUGUUAUCCCUCUGUACUCGGCUUGGUUGGCAUACACAACCUUUACCGGUGCCCGUCAGGGGCUGAUGGGAGGUGGUGCCAUGCCCGCCGAGGGUGCUUCGAGCGGCGCGCAAAGCAAGCGUCAACAAAAGAUGGAGAAGAGAGGCGGCCAGAAGAUGCAAUACAGAUAA